AUGGUAUUCCCUCGAUCUGUUUUGGUGACUGGUGCAAAUCGAGGAAUCGGCCUAGGCCUAGUUCAACAAUUUUUAAAACAUCCUGAAGUUCAGACAGUUAUUGCAACUGCACGAGAUGUUUCUAAAGCAGAAGCGUUGAAUGCAAUCAAAGAUCCACGACUUCAUGUUCUGCCAUUAAUUGUGACUUGCGAUAAAUCAAUUGAUAAUUUGGUAAAAGAAGUUGAGAAUAUCGUUGGUGAACAAGGUUUGAAUUUAUUGGUCAAUAAUGCUGGAAUUGCUGUAAAUUAUAGCACAAAGGGAGUGAGUUUUUGGAAAGAGUAGAUUUUUAUGAAGCCUUUCUCAUCACAAACCCAACAUUUCCAGGAAAUUUCCCGAGCCAAACUUCACGAACAACUCGAUGUCAAUUCCAUCAGCGUGGUCCUAGUUUCUCAAAAAUUCUUACCACUUUUACAAAAAGGCGGCGCAAAGAGCACAGCUCCAGACUUCACUGUCGGAAAAUCCGCCAUUCUCACAAUUUCCAGUGGAUUGGGAUCGAUUGGAGAGAAUACAACAGGAUCAGGAUUUUUCCAAGCAUUGGCCUAUAGAAUGAGCAAGGUUAAUUAAUUAGAGUGGAAUAAUUAGCUGAAUAAUUAAUUGAUUUCAGAGCGCUGUGAAUCAAUUCAAUCGAACAAUUGCUGUAGAUUUGGAAUCUGAUGGAGUUUUGGCUGUUGCAUUUUGUCCAGGAUGGGUUCAAACUGAUAUGGGAUCUGCUAAAGCUGAGCUGACCGUCGAGCAAUCAACUUCAGCUUUAGUGGACAGUUUCAGUAAAUUGACCAAAGAACAUAAUGGUGGAUAUUUCAGAAGAGAUUUGGUGGUUCUUCCAUUUUAG